CGCAUUCUACAUCAUUUCAAUAAUACAUACUUCAUCCUUCAAUACGUAAAUUGUACGGUAUUCGGCAUGAGUUUUUUUCACAUCUUUCGAUUUAAAGAGCAUGGAUCAAUCGGUAUAUCGCGACCGUGAGUGCAAGAGAGAUAGCUGCGAAUUUCGAAAGUGAAAUUUUUCCACACCGUUCGCCCGAUCGAAAUAACAAAAUGUCAGCCCAUUUUUGCCACCGCCCUGCGUGGGCUGACAGAGCCUUUUUUUAAUCGGUCAAAUUGCAUCAAAGAGUUUCGAUAUCGAAAAUUCCAAGUGAGGUUAGGUGACAUCCAUGCUCUUGACGAAACAGCUGGAAAUAGCAAGUUUUUUUUCAUAGCUUGUGACGAUUUCCUAUAUUUUUGAAUGGGGAAAAUAAUUCGACGUUCUGACAGAAAAAAAAUCGACUAUGAGUAAACUAUUAAAAUCAACGAAUCCGAAUAAAAAAACCCUUAAGUAUGUACUUCUAUGGGAUAACGUUCAAACUUUCGUCCCUAUAUUUUCAUAUUUGGAGACGCAAGUAAUGAGUAAAUUUGAGAAUAAAAUAAAUAUCACUUUGCUACAAAACGUUUGCGAAACUAAAAUCCUGUGACACAAACUUUAUUAUUGAAAAGCGAUUGAUUAUCACAUUUUUAUCUUAUCGAAUUGUACUUUUAUUCGUUACAUCGGAUAUCUUUAUCGAAAUAAGAGAGGGAAGAUAACGUUUCACAUCUGCGGAUAAAGUCGUUUCAUCAUUAGUAUAAUCUGUGUCGAAUUUGUGGCGGAUUGUUUCAAGUUUUACCAAAUUCAGGCGAUAAAUUGUCAUAAAAUAUUGAAACAUCGAGACUCGCGGGUGGAUAUCUAAAACAAAAAUGUGUAAAUAGUAAGUGGUUCUUGGAUAUGUUUUCGGAAUCUGAAAAAUACGAAGUAACGAGCCCGAUCAGUAUGGCGGCGAAGUUAAAAUCAAUGUUCAAGCGACACGUAUCACAGCCAGUGGGCAAAAAUACCGAAAAUACAGAGGAAUCGAGUGCGAUUAUACAAGAAAUGCAACAAAUCCCCCACGACUUUGUUCGCAAGAGGGACGAAAAAUCUUUGACUAUCGACCUCCGCAGCAGCAAUGGCACGAAAGAAGAACCUGCUCUUCGUCGACGGAUCAAUCGAACGAGACGACACAAUACGUCUCUGGGUGCCAUCGAAGAUCUCCUGCAAUGUCCAAUUUGUAACGAUCGAUUGAAAUCCCCGAGAAUGAUGCCUUGUCAACAUACUUUUUGCCAAAAAUGUUUAGAAAAACAAUUGGAAAAAACAAAAACGAGUGAAGGAGAAGUUGAUUUGACUUGUCCACUGUGCAAACUGCGAGUUACCGACCGACUCCCCGACAUGUUGCCAACGAAUUUAUACAUCGAGAGUCUCCUUAAUGUAAUGGAAAAUCCUGGCGAAGGUUGGUUACGUCUUGCAGCGAGGAAUCCUGUUGUCAGUUUUGCUCCAUUACCCAAUGCGAAAUCCGAAAACAAUGAGACCUCGAAGGAGCCGCCCAUUUUAGCGACUCUCUGUGACAAAUGUUCGAGUCGUUGCAACAAAGAAAACAGAUGUAAACACUGCCGACAGAUUUUUUGCUCCAAUUGCUGGAACACACACGUCGAUGAGCUCAAAGGACAGCUGGAACGAAUGGUUCCUCAAAUGGAAACAACAUCGGAUCGGUUUACAAGAAAAAUCGAAAAUUUUCGGUCGAAAAUCGACGAAAUCAAGGACUCGAUUGAGAAAGAUAUAGACGCGAGAGUAGCCGAAUUGAUGAAGGAACGAGAGCACAGAAUUGAACGAUUGUCGUACCAAUGUAAUCGCGGCGAAAAAACCGCCAACGAAAUCCAACAACGAAUCGACAAGGUUGUUGAGAAUGUGAAAAAACAAAUGAAAGAAUUGUCCGAAGAUCUUGGCAACAACGACGACAAGGUGAACAUUUUCAUGUCCUUGCAUCGCGAAGCGACGGAACUGAUGAAGUUGGAAAAUACAUGGAAUCCUGACUUAGGGGAAGCUGAUACUGUGGAUAAGUCGAAAAAUGUUCACAUCGAAUUGAUAUCAUUGAAGAGAGACGCAGAAUUAUUUUACAGACAAAAAAAAUAUUCGGCUAAAUUUGUUGUCGAUCGAGAACUCGUUCAACGACCAUCAGGGAUGGCUUACGACUCGUGCAGAGACCACGUUUUCGUGGCUUGUUCUGGUGCUCGUCACGUUGUUGUUCUCGACAAGAAAUACAAACUGUUCAAACGAUAUCAGAGCAAAGAAAUGAUGGCUCCGCAAGGGGUUGCUUACGUGGAUCAUACGGAAGAACUUUUCGUCACUGACAAAUGGAAACACUGCAUUUUCGUAUUCAAUCGCAAGGGCGAAAUUGUAAGACAAAUGUGUACGAAAGGCCCGGCAGAAUCACAAUUGUCGUGUCCAGAAGGUUUGGCCUUCCAUGCGAAAAACAAUUUCCUGUACGUCGCUGAUACGGGAAACGACAGAGUUCAAAUUCUCGAAUUGAAUGGCACAUUUCGUGGUCUUAUUGGUGCAAGUGAAAGACGUGCUAACAGCGUCACGAAAUCUGGCAGGGUGCACGAUAUCGUCGUUAAUCAUCUGAAUCAACCUACUGAUGUUGCUGUCACCGAAAACUGCGUUAUCGUUGCCGAUUGUGGUAACCAUAAGGUCAAGAUUUUUAAUCACAACGGGAACCUCGUACACACUUUGGGUGGUUCAGGAACUUUACGACGGCACUUCCGAUCGCCGGAAGUGGUUGCCGUUGACAACAGAGGAAAUAUUAUUGUCGGUGAUUCCGGAAACGCUCGUGUUCAAAUUUUUUCACCGCAGGGUAAUUUGCUGCGAGUUCUGGGUGGUCGAAGCUCCAAAUCCAAUAAUUUUGGAUGGGUCUCCGGAGUGUUGGUGAAAAAUAAUUUUGAUCUCUUGAUCGGAGACAACAAAAACAGUGCAAUAACAAUUUUCAAUAGUUAAAAUGUACCCCACGAUGGAUAAUCAUUUUUUAAUGGGAAAAACAAAAUAAAAAAAAUUAUUUUCUCA